GUUUUCGGAAGAUGGACAGGGACUCUGCUGUCCUAGCGUCAGGGGGGUGCCAGAACAGAGAAGAGCUUUGACUGGGCUGAGCGGGACAAGACCUCCCUGUAGGGUGGAGGACCAAGAGACCGACGGUGGCAGAACGGAGUGCUCGGGUUGGGGUUGUAAGGGUUUGAGCAGAGCCCGAAGGUAGGGAAGAUCAGUUCCCUUUACUGCUCCAUAGGCAACCACUCUGGUUUUGUGGUGUCUCCGAGCUUCGACUGGAAGCCAGUGGAUUGUGCAGAGGAGCGGGGUGACGUGUUCAACAUUCCCAGGUUCUCCCAAAGCGGGCUGCGGCGUUCUGGAUAAGGUGCAGGGGUAUGAUGGCACAAGCAGGGAGCCCAGCCAGUGUUGCAGUAGGACCUGCACCGCUUUCUGUGUGAGGAAGGGUCAUACUCUAAAGAUGUUGCAGAGCAUGAACAUGCAGGAGUGAGUCACCGCUUUGAUGUUUUCAGAGAAUGACAGGGUGUUGUCCAGGGUCAAUCCAUGGUUCUUUGCACUCUGGGAUGGGAACACCGUGGAGUUGUCAACCAUGAUGGAGAAGUCUUGAUGUCUUUUGCUUCCCUCCCCCAAUUUGUUUUCCUUGCCAUAAUUCACUGUCAUGCUGACCGUGUGCGCUUUAAUAUUUGUGAUAUUUAAUCAUUACAUUUAUGAGGUUUCUGAACCCUAAUAUGGACUGGACAACCAUUGACAUUAUCUGUCAAUCAUUGACUUUCAUACAGCCAAAGACAACCAUCUGUAUGGUACGACUACAGGGAUUUGUUGCACGUUUUCCAUUGAAAGCUUCUGGUGAUGUACAAUAAUGAGGGUAAACAUGUCUCAUGGCGAAGGAGCUUUCAAAGUCCUCGUCGAUUGCUGAGACUUCUAACAUUUGUAGGAAAUCCAGGGAUUUGGUUGGGAUUAGCUGUAGAUUACUGAUUUAUGUCUGACCCAUCUGCAUAUUGUGGAGAUUAACAUGGACUCGAGGAGCGUAAUCAAAUGCCGGGACAGGGGGAGGUUUGACCACACCAUGUAUUGAGAGAUUGUGUGACUAACUGGGGUUAAACCCGAAUCAUGUGCAUGCCAUAAGACUGUUAUCCCGCUGAACUGAAGCCUAACCUAGGUCUCAUGUAAGGUUAUUCCUCAUGCAAGAGUAGUUCACAGAACUACUGUAGCUCUGUUUGUUGGCCAUUGCAGUUUCAAUCAGAAGUCAUUAUUAUAAUGUUCCUAGACAACAUUGUGUACGUUUUAUAGCAGCCAUGUUGGUGCCUCCUGGGUAAUUUUUACCAUUAACAGUCCAAAGAAUUAGCAGAAUUUUAAACCAAGCAACAGAUGAUCAACAAGAGUAUAUUUGAAUUGUCCAAGCAGCAACAUGGCUUCCAGCUCUAAAGUUGUCCAAAGCUCUCUUUUUUUCCCCCCCUUUUUUUAAUAUGACUGAUGUCACAUAAGGAACAAACACACACAAUGGGAGGACAAGCACUGUCUUUGAGCCAGUUUGAUUCUGUCACCGUUUCUUUGGUUGUGCUGUGCUAUUCCUUUGUGUAGCCACAGGCAGUCUGAGAGCCUCGCCAGUCGGUUGGUCUACCCAACACUAUCAUAUGGAUGGCACAAGGAUGUAUUGCACAACCUCUUUAUCAAGCCUGUCUUUAACAGAGUCAUUGGACAGUGAGUUGAAGUUGGGAGACUGGUUGGGUCUGCUUGGGUGUCCAGUGCUGCUCGUGGAUGGGCUUUAUAUGCUGUUGUCCUGCCCCUGUCCUUUUGAGGAAGAGAGAGCGGAGGAGGAUGAAGAGGAAAAGGAGGGGGGUGUGGUGCUCGAGGAACCGAGGAUUAAGAGCUGGUUUAAAGAGGUAUUUAAUGGUAGAGUUGUCGUCAUGCAGAGUUCAUGUCCAUCCCGCCCUUGUCCUUUUGAGGAAGAGGAUGACGAAGAGGCAAAUGAGGGGUGUGUGGUGCUAGAGGAGCCGAGGAUUAAGAGCUGGCUGAGAGCGGUGUUUAACGGCCCGGCUCUCCCUAUGGCCACAGUGGACAUCAAGAACCCCGAGAUUAACAAUGUGCGCUUCCACAACUCUCAGCAGCAGCUUCCCCAGCCACACCACAUCAACAACAUGCUGCACAGCAGCCUCAGCAAGAAGGAGAAGAAAGUCAAGUGCAAGAGGAAGAAGCUCACCAAGGCAGACAUAGGCACCCCCAGCAACUUCCAGCACAUCGGCCAUGUGGGCUGGGACCCAAACACAGGCUUCGAUUUGAAUAACCUGGACCCAGAGCUGAAGAACCUGUUUGACAUGUGUGGCAUCUCAGAGGCGCAACUCAAAGACAAGGAGACCUCCAAGGUCAUCUACGACUUCAUCGAAAAGAAAGGAGGGGUGGAGGCUGUCAAGAACGAGCUCCGUAGGCAAGCCCCACCACCCCCUCCUUCUCGGGGAGGCCCACCUCCCCCUACCCCGCCCCACAGCUCGGGCCCAGCUCCCCCACCACCACCAUUGCGAGGUGGCCGGGGUGCCCCGCCACCUCCACCCUCUCGAGCCCCCACCUCGGCCCCUCCCCCACCUCCGGCCUCCAGGCCUGGUGCCCUAGGAACCCCCUCCACCCCCGCCCCCACCAGAGGGGGCCACCACCAGCCACCACCACCACCUCCACCCUUGCAUGCCAACACAGCACCCCAGGCCCCACCACCACCUCCCCCACAAGCACCACCACCCUCCGGUUGUGGAGCCCCUCCACCACCUCCUCCACCACCCCCACCUGGACCCCCGCCCCCUCCAGAGGUGGACUGUGGUGUGCCGUUGUCCCGCUCACCACAGGGCACGGGGGGUAAGUCGGCCCUGCUGGAGCAGAUCCGUGGGGGCACCCAGCUGAAGAAGGUGGAGGCACCGGCCUCCAAACCACCGGCCACCACUGUGGGGCGCGAUGCGCUGCUUGACCAGAUACGGCAGGGCAUCCAGCUCAAAACUGUACCAGACGGCCCAGACUCUGGCUCCCCUACACCAGCACCCUCGGCAGGCAUAGUGGGGGCACUUAUGGAAGUAAUGCAGAAGAGGAGCAAAGCCAUCCACUCCUCAGAUGAAGAUGAUGAUGAUGACGAAGAGGAUUUUGAAGAUGAUGACGAAUGGGAUGACUAGUUAAGUCUUCCCCCCCCCCCCCCCACCUGAGCACAACUGACACUAAACUGAUCCUAAAAUCUUCCAAAACCUGACUAAAAUUGUAAUGUAAAUGUUCCAUGAAUUUGGUGUAUAUUUAUUGUUGCCUUUUUAUUAAUCUGUGCAAUACCUUGUUCAUUUAAUCUGUAAAGUCUUUUUUUUCCACAUA